UCGCCAUUUGGAAGUCCGCGCUGCAGGGUUAGGAAGCCCGAGCCUCCGAUUUUCCCCGGGGCGUUCCUUCCCCACCUCGACAGCUCGGGCACGGCUUCCCCGUCCGCGUCAUCGCGAGGGCCGCGACGGCCGAGACGGGAGGGAAACAUCGCAGCGCCACCUCCGGCGUCCACCCUGCGCCUCCGCCUCCGAGCUCCGCCACCCCUCCGCCCUGUGCAGCCGCCCCUCCGCCGCUCGACCUCCCCGUCGAUCUGCAGCUGCUCGGCCUCCCCAUCGAUCUGCAGCCGCUCGGCCUCCCCGUCGAUCUGCAGCCGCGCCUCCGGCUAGUCCGUCUCUACCUCGUCUUCCUCCUCGGCGCAUAUCUCGGCCAGCACUCCAUUCUUCAAGAACCCCUCCUUGUUCAUCUGCUCGCCGGUUAUUGGUGGCGGCGGCGGCGGCAGGAGGAGGUAGGUAAGGGGAUGGCGCAGCCGAGCAAGGAGCCGUGCAAGAAAGAGGCGUGCAACAUCCAGGCCUGUCUCUCCAAGAACAUGUUCGACUCCAGGAAGCGCUUGCUGAGGAGGCAAAGGCAAGAUAUGACAAGGCAAUCUUUAAAGCGUGUUCAGUGCAACAUGGGAGCAAACAAUCAUGCAAUUGUACUUCCUGAUGCUGACAGAGAUGCCACACUGAAUGCCCUUAUAGCUGCUGGGUUUGGUGCAGCAGGGCAGAGGUGCAUGGCAUUGAGCACUGCUGUUUUUGUUGGAGGUUCAGAAUCAUGGGAGGAUGAACUUGUGAAACGUGCAAGUGGCCUCGUUGUUAAUUCAGGAAUGGUUAAUGAUGCAGACCUUGGUCCAGUGAUCAGCAGACAGGCGAAGGACCGUAUCUGCAAGUUAGUCCAAAAUGGUGUUGACAGUGGUGCGCUUCUUUUGCUUGACGGGAGGGAUAUUGUGGUUCCGCAGUUUGAGGAUGGCAAUUUUGUUGGUCCGACCCUUCUGGCUGAUGAAGCCUGUUCACCGCGUGCUUCUACUUCUGCUGUUAGCCUGCCACGAGUCAUGCAAGUGCAGCUUCUGCUUCUGCGUGCUUCUGCUUCUGUCUUCAUGAAUUUCUCAAGAAUCUUAUCCUGUUGUGUGAUGGAUGAAUUGGACGUGUUGGGAUUUGAUCGAUGGGAAACUACUGUGGCUUGCAUUGCGAUCGGUUGAGAAUGAAUUGAAUUAUUUUGUACGUCGCAGAUUUUGAGUUUUCACACGUGCUUGGAUUUUGAGUUA